GUUAACUCCAUCCUCCUUAGACAGCCACAUGGCAGUCCAAGAGCCCAAGAUCCGCCAACUACCAGUGACGCUCUUGUCAGGUUUCUUAGGAAGCGGGAAAACCACUUUACUAGAACAUAUCCUCAAAUCCCCCUCUCACGGUCUCCGAAUCGCCGUCAUCGUCAAUGACAUGUCCUCACUAAACAUCGACGCUUCCCUCAUUCAACAACACACCGUUUCCCAAAGCAAAGAAAAACUCAUCCAGCUGCAAAAUGGCUGUAUCUGCUGCACACUUCGUGGCGACUUGCUGGAAGAACUCGUGAAGCUGGCGAGAACGGAUGCAGUACAAUAUGUAGUCAUUGAGAGUACAGGUAUCAGUGAGCCGAUGCAGGUAGCUGAGACAUUUACGACUGAGUUUUCGAGGAUGAUGAUUGAGCAAGAGGGGAACCUUGAUGAUGGAGAGGAAAGUGCGGUCUUAAAAGAGAUAGCGAAUCUUGGGGGCCUUAAUAAACUUGCACGACUCGAUACUACGGUCUCGGUUGUGGAUGCCUUUAACUUGUUCCAUAACUUUUCUACGGCAGACUUCUUGUCUGACAGGUAUGGGAAGGACAACUUUAUUCCGGAGGAUGAACGGACUAUCACAGAUCUCAUGGUCGAUCAACUUGAGUUCGCCGAUGUGAUUAUUGUGAACAAGCUAGACAUGGUGGAUUCCUCAACCAAAGCAAGAAUACUUGCUCUGGUAAAGAGACUCAACCCUGUUGCCAAAGUACUCGAAGCGAGAUACAGUGCAAUAGACGUGAUGGAGAUCAUCAAUACCAACAUGUUCUCGUUUGAGAAAGCUGCUACUGGCGCUGGCUGGCUGAGAAGUUUGCACGAGCUGACACAAAUGGAAAUUGGCGGGAAGUCGAAAAUGGUCCCUAAGCCUGAAACGGAAGAGUACGGCAUCUCAAGCUUCGUAUACCGUGCAAGGAAGCCAUUCCACCCCAAUCGACUAUGGGAUCUCAUAUACGAUAAGUUCAUCGUUAUGCAGAACGUCGAUCAAGUGGUGGAAGAAGAUGAGGUCGGAGAAGACGACGAUGAAGACAUGGACCAAAACGCCGAGGAAGGGGAAGACAGUGACACAGAAAUGGGAGAAGAUGUCGAAGAUAAAGAAUAUCCCAAGGAGAUCGACCCCAAGAUGAUCCUCCAAAAUAAAGCUGCACAUCCGGCAUUCUCAGGUCUCCUCCGCUCUAAAGGCUUCUUUUGGCUGGCCACUCGACCCAGUCAACACGGAGAAUGGAGCCAAGCAGGCGGCAUGCUCACACUCCAAGGAGGCGGUCCUUGGUUCUGUGUCGUCCCACGUGAGGCCUGGCCUGAGGACAUGGAUAUUGUAGCAGCUAUCGAAGCGGAUUUCUCGGGCUCAUGGGGCGACAGACGUCAAGAACUUGUUUUCAUCGGCGAGAAAGUAGAGCAGCAUGCCGUUUUCGCUGUUCUCGAUGAGUGCUUGUUGACUGAUAGUGAGAUGAGGAGGUGGGAGAGAGUAAUGAAGAAUAAGAAGUAUACUGUUGAGGAAAUCGAGGAUAAACUUGCUACAAUGUUCAAAGAUGGAUUCGAAGAUUGGGGGACUACUGUUGCAGAAGAUGGCGUUGGUCAUGAGGCUCAUGAUCAUAGUCAUAGCCACGGUAGGAAUUCGACUACCUAGAGUCUUGAGUGUCCCAGAUAAAGACCGAAGCUGCACUAGCAAAAAGAUAGAAACAGAAGAGCUGAGCUC